GGAUGAGCGUGUCUCUGGAGCCGUUAGAUAUAGGGCAAACAAAACCCUGCAAUCUCUCUUUUAUAUCUCUCCCUGCGGCACAUUUUGUGCGUCUUCUGAAAACCCUAGCACAGGCGCAGAGCGUGAUCGAAGAUGGUGCAGCGUCUCACCUAUCGCAAGCGGCACAGCUAUGCCACAAAGUCCAACCAGCACAGAGUUGUCAAGACCCCUGGUGGUAAGCUCGUUUACCAGACCACCAAGAAGAGGGCUAGCGGACCCAAGUGCCCCGUCACUGGAAAGAGGAUUCAGGGGAUUCCACAUUUGAGGCCUGCUGAGUAUAAGAGGUCAAGGCUACCUAGAAACCGUAGGACUGUGAACCGUGCAUAUGGUGGGGUUUUGUCUGGAAGUGCCGUCAGGGAAAGGAUUAUUCGAGCUUUCUUAGUUGAAGAGCAGAAGAUUGUGAAGAAGGUCUUGAAGAUCCAGAAGUCUAAGGAAAAACAGGCCUUGAAGGGUUGAAUUUGGACAACAAAAUGAUUUACAUCUUUUGGAGAUCAAUUAGGUUUGAGUGGUUAUAGUAAAUCACAAAUUCUAUUAGAGUUCUCAUGUUAAUCGUGCUUUGUUUGAACUCAUUCUAGAACAAUAGUUAACUUUGUCGACAAUGCCAUUGUGAUGCAGUUUUGUUUGUCUUAAUUGCUUUUUGAUGUUUAUUGGUUUCA